AUGCCUGAGUAUCAAUCUAGACGCGAUACUAAGUACACCAACUCCAAACAUCUUCUAGGAAACGAUAUAAAAACACACGGACAACUGAUCCGGUCCUCUGGACAACUGGACAACAAACCCUUGCCUGUGAAGGACCAGCACCAGAUGGGUCCUCAGAGAGCAAUCCCUGGUAAAUACCGAUACCCGGUCGAUAAAGCGGCAGCGAUGGACCGGCAAUCUAACGGUGGAGUUCUUCUGCAGUACGGAGUACUCAUGUCCAGUACAAGGGAGACCAGGUGCCCUGUCAAGCCCGAGCUCUUCAAGCUAGAGAAGCUCCAUGAUCGCUGGUUGAUGAGGAAAGGGUAG